AAGGCUGUGCCGAGUGACUUUGGGGUGAAACUUGGGGGAGACGGCUCCGUGCCUCAGUUUCCCCACUAAGGAUUACUGUAUUAACGGGGACGUGCAUGCGUGGAGGACGUUCAGUAGCAGGAUACCCAACAAGAGGGUGCAGCAUUAGACCAGGAAAAAGCCUCCUCAGGAGCUGGGGAGGAGCUGGAUGGCCGAGGGCAGGGGUGAGGACCCUGGGGUGCUGGCUGCCUCCCCCGCACCCGGCUCGCAGCCCAGGUCGGUGCUUUUGCUGUGCCUCCGGAUGGCGAUGGGGCUCGGUGUCCUCUUGCAGGCCCAGGGGACCGUGGCUUGUGGUGGCAAGAGGCACCUUUGGCUGUUUGAGCCUUUUUGGAGUUUGCUUGAAGAAGAAGGGAUCAGGCCACGGGAUGUGGGAAGAGUCAGCAUCUUAGCAGGGGUGUGUGUUGUACCAGGAGGAGAAAAAUAAUUCCCCAAAAUAAUUGUGGGCCAGGGAGAGCAAAUUUUCUUGCCCGUGCUGGAAGCAGACGUUGCAGGAGGAGGGAUGUGUUGUGCAUGAUGGUGGCCCGCAGGUUUGCCCCCCCGGCUCGGGGGUGGCGGAGGCACUGCUGGGGACAGGCUGGGGCUGGAACCCCUUGCAUGAAAAUCCUCGGUUUUAGAGCUGCACAAGAACCAAGAUCGAGAACCAUGGCAUCCAUCCCAUCGAGCGGCUCGCUCAUGGCGACGCACAACUACUACAGAAGGCGCCUGAGCUCCACAUCCAGCAACAGCUCCUGCGGCAGCUCGGAGUACUCCGGGGAGGUCAUCCCCCACCCCCCGGGUCUGCCCAAGUCUGACCCCGGCCACUGGUGGGCCAGCUUCUUCUUCGGGAAGACGACUCACCCAGCCAUGACAACUGUGUCGGAGUCCCCGGAGAGCUCGGGAACGCUGCGGGUGACAACGGGACCGAUGGCGUGUGGCCUGGUUCCAGCCCCGGGAGCGGGACGGAGGCGUCACGCCAGCGAGCCCAGCUCCGGACCCUCGGCAUGAGCGGGUCAGCGGCUGCUCCCCAGGCCGGCGGGCACAGCCCCUUCCCCCUGUAGAGUAGGCAGGCUGCUCCAAAGCAAAGGUGUUGCUUUGUAAGAAGAAAAUGCAGCAAAAACCCCCCGUGAUUCCCACACCAGCCUUUUUACUCUUUCUCAACGUAACUAUGCCCUUUCCGCCCGGAUGCAGUAACGUGUUUUAUUUACCUUGUACUCGUACGAUGGCAAAUAAUAAA